CGUGAAUGUGAUCAGUGCUGUCCACCAUGAAUUCUCCUGAUCCAGAUUCUCCGAUCUCAACUGAUUCAUCUGAUUCACCUCCACCUGAUGACUUCCAGUUCGCAGCAAGUGGCCCGAGCGCCCGCGAUUCUCAUACAUCGUUCCUCCAUUCCGCUACGACUCAAAUAUUAGGAAACAUCUCGUCGGUGAUGCCUAGCCCUGGAUCUAAGCGCCGCCUGCCUGGCGGCUCUUCCUUCGAUGGUCCUUCACGGAGAGAUCCAAAGACGAGGAGACGAGAGGAUGCAAUGAGCAUGGGGGGAAAUUCCCGCAGAAUGACUGAAAGCCAAAAUCAAAAUGCGGGAGGAAGUAACGUUGGAAUGACUGCGAAUAAUGCCUGGGGGUCGAAAAGCGAGCACGGAAACAGACGUGAUAAGGAAGAUCUUGUUGAUGUUUUAAUGGCGGAACAACUUAGAAAAGAAUUUGGAGAUCCGUUCUUGGAGACAGCCAUUAAAAGCCUGAGCUGAUUGAUGCACUACACUAUCUAAGUCGUUGGUGAGGGAUAAUUCUUGCCUGAAGUUUCUACUGUUAACCUCUAUCAUCACGUCAAAUAGCCAGUUGUAUCAUUGUCGUUCUCGUAUUGGACCAACGGGAACGUCUUUUGAGCGCACGAAGUGACAUCUCUGAAUUGUUCUCGUUCUUUGAUAGCGCGGAACUUGCAUGAUUCUCUUCCAUAUCAGCCCGCGGCAACAAAUGUAAGAUGAACUCCCUAUGUUGUAAAUCUUCCGACCAGGGUAGAUUGUAUAUCGAAUGUGCAAGUUUGUAACAUCGGACCGACAAUUCAAUCUUGACUAUUCAAAUUCAUGUAUGAAGAACCUCGUUCCAAUAGAUCAUGCGGUACUCGCGCCACCAUACAAUACGCAUUGGUUAACACUCCCUGAAGUGGGGCUAGUACUGCCGGAAUCUCUGACUAUACACCGACGGGCAAACCAGC